GCUCAACAGAGUAAAGAAGAAGAUCAGAGAUGAGGACGAAGAAAACUGGUCACCUGGUCAGACAACUCAAACCCAGAACACAGUUGAAAGAGUCACCCUAGAUAAUGCUGAUGUGCAUUUUUCUAAACGUACAACCAUCUUGCGCAGCAGCGCCCCCUGUGGUAACCAUGGAGACGACGUCAUUUACGCAGAACCGCCGACACAUGAGAAACCUGGCAACGUUUAGUCACAUUAUAGCACAAAAUAAACAACAAUUUAGUUUCAUGUGACUGAUGGCGCUUCAAAGCAAAAGGAGGAUUGCAACAUAUUGAUGCAGAAGUUCCUGGUUUAUCAGAGAAGCAGAAUUAGAAACUAUCAGCAGCUCAGGAUGAAGGUCUGUCUCCCUCUGAUCUGCCUCUUCCUCCUCAGGCUGCAGGAUGGAAACGCUGUGAGGAGGACAACUGGAGUAGAAGGAGGAAACAUCACAGCUUCAGAGACUCCAAAGCCAUUCUGGUUUCUGCAUAGUUUUACAUCAUCAUGGUUUAUCCCACCAACCUUGAAAACAACUCCUUCAGUCCAGACUUCCUCACCUCCUUCCUCUGAAACCACCUUCUCUGAGACGCCAGCUGCAGCUUCUGCUUCAACCACUUCAGAACCAAACUGGAUCCUCCAAACUUUUCCAUCAACAUUGGUGACGUCACCUUCUGUAACAACAGCAGCAACAUUAACUCAAAGGUUGAGUUCUUCCUCUUCCUCCUCUUCAUCUGAAAUCACCCAACAGACCAGAACAUCACCUGAACCCAAAAGUCUGCAGCUGUAUCUGGUUCUGUCUCUGAUCGUCAAGAUCAUCUUGAUAUUGUUGCCUUUGGUGAAUUUCUGCAGGAAAAGGAGAGCCAUGAAAAGCAAAGGUCUGCAGCUUUAUGUGAUUCUGUCUCUGGUCGUCAAGAUCAUCUUUUUAUCGACACCUUUGGUGAUUUUCUGCUGGAAGAGGAGAACCACGAAAAGCAAAGGUCUGCAGCUUUAUCUGAUUCUGUCUCUGGUCGCCAAGAUCAUCUUUUUAUCGACACCUUUGGUGAUUUUCUGUUGGAAGAGGAGAACCACGAAAAGCAAAGAUUCUGCUGGGGAGACUGGGAACGCUGCCGUCUCUCAGAUCAACCCAGAGAGAGAGGAAAUCCCAGAGGACAGACAGAACAAUUCAUCUGCUGAUGAAAUAAUUUCUGUUUAUUCCUGAAUUAAUCUCAAAAAAACAUUUAGUCUCAUAUUUUCACUAGAAAAUAACUGAAUGUCAAAAAUACAGGAACGUUUUCUACACAUUAUAGAGGAGUUUUGCCACUUGGCUAAAAAAUGUUUCUUCAUUGAAUGUUACAGAAGAUGUUUGAAAGAUAAUCUAAUUACCGUGUUGUAAAGAUGUUUUUUUAAUAAACUCCUGUAAAUAAGCAAAUAUUUUGUAUUUUAAUAAAUUCAAUUUUCUACAUUAGCAUUAAAAAUAUGAGGAUAAGACCUUAAAUAGGACAAAAGUAUCAAAUCCAAGUUGGAAUAAUUUAGAUUUAGAUGAAACAAUAAAACCUGCAAACAUAAAAAGGAUGAUUUUUAUAACUUAGAACACAAAUAUAGAUUUAACAUUUAUAAGAUUUUUAAAUAAAAAAAAUCAUCAUUUGAUAUUUUUAGGACCCCAUUUUGUACAUUUGUUUAUAUUCGAUAUUCUAUGUUGAAUAUUGCAAUGAAUGUGGAUUUUCUACUGUGGAAAAAUCAACAAUAUAGAGGAUGUAACAACAAUUGAGAGGAAAAACUAAAAAAAUAAAGUUUAUAUAUUCUUUCAUA